AUGGUAUCUUAUCAUGUUUACGUACCAUUGCUAUUGAGGCUUGCAAAUGAUGUGGAGGAAAAUCCCGGCCCAAUUAACAUUUAUGAUAUUGUUGAUCAUAGUUUUACGGUUCGAGCAGACUUCAACCAAGGUAAUAUAUCCAUGUUUGGCAUAAAUGCUGGAAAACAAUGUGUUGCCAUGUCAAUUUAUGCUAUUGUAUACAAUGAAAUAAAAUUUGUUAAUAUUUGGGAUACACCACUUAUGAACAUGCUUCUAGUUAAUGCAAACAAUCUUUAUUCCAUAAUUAGUCAGCACAUUCAGAAAGAUUUCUUGUUGCUCACUGAUGUUCCUGAAAUAUUGUCUAUCAACAAUGAUACUUUUAAUUUGGAGUACAGUGACUCUUUUUCUGGAGCAUUAUGGAUGGAAUAUAACAAUGAACCGUAUGUUACACUUGAACACGCCUUUCAUGAAUUAUUUGAUGCGG